AUGGAGACAUCGGAUCACGGGCAGGUCAUUUUAGCAACAGCUUUAGUAUUAGUUAAAGAUUCCAUGGGUGCAUACAAGCUUGAAAGAGCUCUUCUCGACUCAUGUUCUCAAGUGAAUUUCAUGACCGAUAAGUUCGCGCAAAGUCUUCACCUUCGUCGAGAAAAGUAUCACAUUGGCAUUCGCAGCAUAGGUGAUUCAGUUACCAAUUUUAAAGCUCGAACCACGACAACAAUUAAGUCACGUACAUCAGCAUUUCAACUUUCGCUCCAGUUUGGUAUCACAUCCCAUAUUGCAUACCAACCUGACGCUAAAAUUGACACUAUAAACUGGAACUUGGCAGCCAACGCAACUUCGGCUGACGAAGCCUUCUUCAAACCUCUACGUAUCGAUCUGUUGCAUGGAACAGAGACAUUUUUUGAAGCUCUCGCUGUUAAUCAAAUAAAGCUUGGUCCGAAUUUCCCUACAUUGCAAAAAACAUUAUUUGGCUGUGUGGUUUCUGGAAGAUACCAGUCGAAGCACUACACGCCUUCAAAGUCAUGUCUGCUAUUUCGCGAAGACUCUAUCGACGCAAACAUGCAACGCCUUUGGGAGCUCGAAACUGUCGACUGGAAGGCCAACCCUAUUUCACCUGAUCAUCGGAUUUGUGGACGUUAUUUUAUAGCUACAACUCAUCAAGAUACUACUGGACGCCUAAUUAUGAGGCUGACAUUUAAGGACAAUGCAGCUGCACUUGGCAUCUCAUUCGCUCGUUGCCGGUUUCUAGCAAUCGAACGCCGUCUGUCGCAUUCGCCAGACACUUAUUGCCAGUACGUCUCGUUCAUGGAAGAAUACGAACGUCUUGGUCACAUGUCUGUAGUAAAAGCACCAAAAUUAGAUGAACCACACUAUUACAUACCACAUCACUGCGUACUGAAACUUACAAGCGCAUCAACAAAGUUACGAGUAGUGUUCGACGCCUCUUGUCAACCGGCACAAACAUUGCUAAAUGACUUACUUUUAGUUGGACCAACUAUCCAAACAGAGCUGUACAUGUUGCUACUGCGCUUCCGUUUGUAUCGUAUUUGUAUCACCGAAGAUGUCACUAAAAUAUACAGAUUUCCUGGCCGUCCGACGCCUACUAGUGAAACACUGCGGCGUUUAGCUGCUCGCCUCGAAGAGACUGGCACAACACGAGAUGCCCCCAGGCGUGGCAAACUCCGAAGUGGCCGAUCUGCACAGAAUAUUGCUGCUGUUGCCGAGGAUGUCAUGGAAGCGCCGUCGACAUCGACCAGACAACGUGCCAGCAAAUGGGUAUCAGUCGACGGUGUUUAG